AUGUCUCAUGGCGAAGCAUCCACCAGUCAGCAUAACCCACUUCCGCUUCCCGAACGAAGGAACUCCCAAUAUGAAGAUCCGCACGGUACAGCUUUAGGUGUAGGAAUUGGAUCACAGCCUCGUCGCCGCUCAAAUGUAUCUGGACGCUUAGCCUUUCGCGAUAGUGUGCGCGCGGAGGAUCUGGAGAGUUUGACGAGGACAGUCAGUGUUAUUAGUGGACAUCAGGAUGCGUAUCUUGAAGCGCAUGGGGAAUUGUCGAGAGAGGGCGAUUCUGGGAAAGAAAAGGAUAAUACCACGAUAUCUUUUCCCAAAGCUGCAAAACCGGGUCCUAUCAGUACGAUCAGAGAAUUACCUAGCGAAUUUAAUACACCAUAUUCGACUCGUCCGCCUUCUCCUUCUUCGGCGGUUAAUACGCCGGGUGUGCAUUCGCAUCGAAAUGGCCAGAGACUUGCAAAUGGAAGCGGAAGUGCUACUCCACGCGAAUAUUUCGAGCUGCAAGUCGAAGAACCAUCGAGGAAUCUGCCGGAAACUUCAUAUCCGGAUAUCGGCAGUGUGAAAAGUCUCCGCGGUGCACUCAUUCUUCUCACAACAUGCGGAGCACAACUUAUGGAUAAUGUUUUCAUGACUGGAGUCAACAUCAGUUUACCCGCCAUCCAAAAAGAAUUCGGAGCCAAAGCAAGUGAUUUACAAUGGUUGAUUAGUGCGUACACAUUAACUUUUGGAGGAUUCCUAUUGUUAGCUGGUGUAUUGAGUGAUCGAUUCGGACGCAAACUUAUUUUCUUCAUUGGGAUGCUGUGGAUUUCCGUCUGGACAAUUGCAAAUGGUUUCGCGACAUCGUUUAUUCAACUUGCUAUUUUUCGCGCGCUGCAGGGAAUCGGAGCUGCGAUGACGGUUCCUUCUGCGGUGGGAAUUAUCUCUUCGUAUUUUGUGGCUAAAGAUCGUACGAUUGCGUUAUCGUUCUUUGCGGCUUCGGGGGCGGUGGGAUUCUGCGCGGGACUGAUUUUUGGAGGCUUCUUGACGGGGAGUCUGGGGUGGAGAUAUCUGUUCUAUGUUUCCGCUACGUUGACGGGGAGUUUGGGAGUCUUGGGCCAGUUUAUUCUGCCGAAGGAUCGGUUGGAGGGACAGGAGAAACCGAGCUUGGAUUUGUUGGGCGCGGGGUUGUCGACUGGGGGACUUAUUCUGCUUUCGUUUGUUUUGUCGAGUGGAGGGGUGUAUGGAUGGAGUAAGGCUUUCAUCAUUGUUUUGUUGAUUCUCUCGGUCGCUGUUUUGGGGAUUUUUGUAUACGUGGAGAAGAGAGCUUCGCAUCCGAUUAUGCCGCUUUCGCUUUGGAAAAUACAGAAUUUUGCUGCGUUGUGGAUUUCGGGGUUUGUAUGCUACGGUGGCUACCAAACCGUUCUCUACUAUAUCGUCCUCAUAGCCCAAGAAAUCAACCGUCUCUCCCCCGGCACCACCGCCCUCUAUUUCCUCCCUAUGGGCGCCACCGGCUUCAUAUUCUCCAUGUCCGUCGGCAAGAUUCUCGAACGCUACAACACCAAAUCCGUGCUUCUCAUCGGCAUGCUCAUGAUGAUGGCAUCACCCAUCCCCGCGGCCCUGCUCACCUCAACCUCCACAUCCUUCUGGUCGCACGUGCUCCCCACCUCUCUCCUCGUCGUCGCAGCCGUCACAAUCGUCUACUGUUCCUGCACGAUUAUCCUGCUGAGUAGCGUCCCGAUGAGCGUUAAGAGUCUCUGCGGCGGCAUGAUCAAUACCGCGUUUCAGAUUGGGAGCGGUGUGGGAUUGGCGCUCGCGAGCGCGGUGGUGCAGGCGGUGGAUAUCGAUAAGGGGAAGGGAAAUCUAGAGCAGUAUAGUACGGGCUUGUGGUUUUGCGUCGCGUUUGGAGGGGUGGGCUUCGUGGCGAGUGCGUUUGGAGUGAGGAAUUCUACGGCGGAUGGGUUUGGGGGGAGGAGAGCCGGGGGCGAACAGUUUGCUAUGCAUUGA